AUGGCUGAAGCAUUGGUUUCCGUAGUGCUACAACAGCUGGCUUCCAUCACCCUGGAGCAAAUAGAAGAAGAGGUGAACCUGGUCGUCGGUGUCGACCAAGAAGUCCAAAAUCUCAUCGGCCAUCUCCAGGCAGUUCAAGGCGUGCUCCAGGAUGCAGAGGAGAGGCAGGUGAAGGAGGCCAACAUCAAGAAUUGGCUGUACAAUCUGAAAGACGCGUCAUACCAGAUAAACGACGUUUUGGAUGACUGGAACACCGCCAUUCUCAAGCAUCACAUGAAGAAGCAAGAAAAAGAAGGUGAGAAUAAUGAUCUUGUCCUUGCUAAGAGGAAUAAGGUACGGUUCUCCAUUCCCUCCUUCGUCAAAAAUAUUCUUAUCUGUUUUGGUCAAAUUGGUGAUGGUCAAAUUGGUGAUCGCAUAAUUAUGCGUCAUGACAUUGCUAAGAGGAUAAAAGAAAUCAAUGAAAGGCUAACUUGGAUAGCCAUUUUAAGAAACAAUUAUAACUUUCAAAGCACAGUAAGAGGCACCGAACAAGUUGAACGAUCCAAAACCACUUCCUUUGUCGACGUGUCUACCAUAAUUGGUCGUGAAGAGGAAAAAAAUAAUAUACUUAGCAUGUUGAAAAGUGAGAGUGGUCAUCAAUUGGUGAUCCCGAUUGUCGGGAUGGGAGGGUUGGGCAAGACUGCUUUUGCCCAAUCCGUGUACCAUGACCAAAAUGUAACAACUCAUUUCCACCAGAGAAUAUGGGUUUGUGUGUCUGACCCUUUUGAAGAGAUUAAGAUUGCCCGAGCCAUCAUUGAAGUUCUGAAAGAAGGCGAUACUCGAAAGAACUCAAAUGAGUUUCAAACUUUGUUAGAAUGUAUAUCCGACAAUAUUGUUGGUAUAAAGUUUCUCCUCGUCUUAGAUGAUGUGUGGAAUCCCACUAUGUGGGACCCAUUGAAGGCAGCUUUGCAAAAAGGUGAUGCAAAUAGUAGAAUAUUAGUGACCACUCGAAAUAACACGGUUGCUGUUAUGAUGGGAGCAACCAAUGAUCACAUGAUCAAUUUGAAUAAGUUGAGCGACCGACAUUGUUUGGAUUUAUUCCAUAGAAUUGCAUUCUUUGACAAAGAAAAAGAUGAGUCUAAGUUGUUUGAUGAAGAUAUUAAGAAAAAGAUUGCAAAAAAGGUUGAUGGCUUGCCUCUAGCUGCAAAGACUUUAGCUAGUCUCAUGCAAUAUAAGAAGACAAGAAAGGAAUGGGUAGCUGUUUUGGAGAGUAAGAUGUGGGAAUUAGAAGAGGUUGAACAACAGGUUUUUAAAUCACUAUUACUUAGCUAUUAUGAUUUGACUCCAGCUGUCAGACAAUGUCUUUUAUUUUGUGCUGUUUUCCCAAAAGAUUACAAGUUUGAUAGAAAUGAGUUGAUUGAGUGUUGGAUGUCACAAGAAUAUCUUAGUAUGAAAGGAGAUAAAGAAAAAGAAAGAAUGAUAGGCCAACAGUACUUUGAUAACUUAGUGAUGCGUUCUUUUUUCCAAGAUUUUGUUAAAGACGAAGUGGAUGAUGAUAUUAUAGGCUGCAAAAUGCAUGAUAUUGUGCAUGACUUUGUACAGUUUCUCACCAAAAAUGAAUGUUUUAUUAUGGAGGUGGUGGAAAGUGGUAAAGAGAAAAACAUGGUAGUCGAUAAUAAGAUUCGUCAUUUGAACAUAAUGUCAACAUACAAUGAUUCGUUUCCUGUUUCAAUCUACAAUUGCAAAGGAUUACGGACUCUGGUAAUUUCUACUUGGAAACUUCCUCCGUUACCCUCGGACUCAUUUUCAAAAUUGAAAAGCAUUAGAACAUUAAAUUUGAAAAAAAACACAAUCGAAGAAGUUCCCGAAAGUAUUGGUGGACUAGUACAUUUGCGGUAUCUCGAUUUAAGUGGGAAUCAUGAAUUGGAAGAAUUACCCGAUUCUGUGGGUAAUUUAUUCAAUCUGGAAACAUUGCGUCUCAUUGAGUGCGAGGGACUCAGAGAACUACCGGUGAGUUUAAGAAAGUUGGUUAACUUAAAGCAUCUUUAUAUUGAGGGGUGCCUUAAGCUAGAAUUACCAAAAGAGAUUGGAAGAUUAAGAAAUCUACAAAUCUUAGAUUUCUUGUAUCUUCAAGACGGUGGUGGCGAGGAUGAUGAAGGAAUUUUCAAGUUAGGGGAUUUGGGAAACUUGGAGCAGCUUCAGGAGAGCCUUUUGAUAGGAAACUUGAAGUCAGCGAAAGAUGGGAGUGAGGCUAAAAAUGCAGAAUUGGUGAACAAGAAGAACCUCCUUCAUUUGACUCUAGAUUUUGGGCACAACUUUAGAGAGAGAGAGCCGGAUUUAAAGGAUGAAGAAAUACUGAAUGGCUUUCAAGUGCAUACAAAUCUGGAGUCGUUAACUAUCAUUGCGUACCUCAGUACCACCCUGUGUCCCAGUUGGAUGAUGAGCUGUCAUAAUCUGAGAAGGCUUGAAUUCUAUGUUGUUCCAUUUUGUGGGGUUUUGGCUCCUCUGGGGAAACUCCCGUCCCUUGAAUAUUUAGAGAUGGGUUGGAUGAAGAGUGUGAAAAAGGUGGGAGUUGAAUUUUUGGGAAUAACGGGCGAAACACCGCAAAUAUUAAUAAACUCGUUUCCGAAAUUGAAACAACUCCAACUUCGACACAUGUGGGAGUGGGAAGACUGGGAAGGAGUAGAAGAAGAGGAUUCUAAAAUUACAAUAAUGCCAUCUCUUUUGAAGUUAGAAAUCAUCGACUGUAUAAAGCUGAAAGCACUGCCGAACUUCCUUUGGAAGACCCCGCUGCGAGAAUUAAUCAUCGUCGGAGGGGAUUGUCCGAUUCUUGCACAAUGGUUCGAGACGAGAUGUGGAAUGGAGUGGUUGAAAAAUGCGUCUCAAGUCCAAAACAUCAAAAUUCAGGGCAAGUUUGUGAAAAAAGACGGAGUUGGAAUGUUGGAGGAGGAUUGA